AUGCUGGAGGCUGAGGUAUGCUCGUCCCGGAUUUUAUCGCCUUUCCGUGAUGAAAGCGGCGAUGAAGGGCUCUCCGUUCUUCCGAGGCAUACUAAGGUUAUUGUAACAGGGAACAACAGAACAAAGAGUGUUUUGGUGGGUCUACAAGGUGUUGUCAAGAAAGCUGUAGGACUUGGUGGUUGGCAUUGGCUGGUUUUGAAGAAUGGGGUGGAGGUCAAGCUCCAAAGGAAUGCGUUGAGUGUGUUAGAACAUCCCACGGGAAAUGAAGAAGACGAUGAUUAUGAUUUUGAAGAUUCUAGCAGUGGAUCUGACAUUUGUCCAAAAGACAAUCAUCGAUUUUCUACAGGUUUUCAGUUUGGCAAACUAAGCAAGCCUAGGAUUAGGUACAGUAGGCCAUGGUCCCCAACUGCAUCCGCAAAGUCAAUAAAUCGCAUCAGUUGCCGAGAAGUUCAAUCAAAAUGUCAAUCUCCUCCUCCGAGAGUGAACUUGACAAAGUUGGGAACCGGAUCGUUGUGGAGAUACUGGCGAAACUUCAACCUAGCCAGUAAUAUUCACAACCCUACAAAGGAACAACUGGUCAAUGCUGUGGAGCAGCAUUUUUCUUCACAGGAAGUGGACGACUUACAAGUGAUUGUUGGGUUUAUCCGUGCAGCCGCGAAGAGACUAAAUCAGUCGGCUCGCAUUGAGAUUCGGGAUUGA